AUGCUUUUCACUGGACUUAUGAUAACCAAUUCUGGUCCGAUGGUGCUGGAAUACAAUGUGCGCUUUGGAGACCCGGAAGCAGAAGUUACAUUACCACUCUUAAGUGAUGAUACGGAUUUAGCGGAGAUUAUGCUGGCAUGUGUGGAUAGAAGACUGGAUUCUGUUCAGAUUAAAACAAAACCAGGUUAUGCAGCUGUUGUCGUUAUAGCUUCCGACGGGUACCCUAGAAGCUAUCUGAAAGGAAAAGAGAUUUCAAUUGCAGCGGUCCCAUCUGGAGGAUUUGGUGGUCUUUUUGAUCUAAAAGAGGCUGGGUUUGAAGAUCCAAUUUUGAUAUCAACUACUGAUGGUGUAGGAACCAAGUUGAAAAUCGCUCAGGCUGUAAACAUUCAUGACACCAUUGGUGUCGACCUUGUCGCAAUGAACGUCAAUGAUCUUGUUGUGCAAGGUGCCGAGCCUCUAUUUUUUCUCGAUUAUUACGCGUGUGGUAAGUUAAACGUUGAUGUCGCUAUAAAGGUGGUCGAAGGUAUAGCAAAUGGAUGCAUCGAAUCUAACUGUGGAUUGAUUGGUGGUGAAACGUCGGAAAUGCCUGGAGUUUAUAGUGAAGGCGAAUACGAUUUGGCAGGGUUUGCGGUGGGUGCAGUGGAACGUGGAAAAGUUCUUCCACGUAUUUCUGAUAUAAAUGUUGGGGAUGUUCUCAUUGGGAUAGCUUCAUCCGGACUUCAUUCCAAUGGCUUUUCGUUAGUUCGUAAAGUCAUUGCUAAAUUGAGUAUCGGAUAUGAAUCUUUAUGUCCGUGGAACUCAAACAUCACUCUUGGAGAGAGUCUUCUCACACCAACAAAGAUUUAUGUCAAACAAUUAAUGCCAGUUGUUAAGAAAGGACUCAUCAAGGCAAUGGCGCAUAUUACCGGUGGAGGUUUCGUGGAUAACAUGCCGAGAGUUUUACCCGAACAUCUGGGUGUUAUCAUAGAUCCAAAAUUGUGGGAGAUGCCUCAAGUGUUUAAAUGGUUGGCAGAGAAUGGAAAUAUACCACUCGAGGAACUAUUCCGAACCUUUAACUGUGGUAUAGGGAUGGUACUGAUCGUAUCAUUAGAAAAUGAAAACAACGUCAUGAAUUUAUUGAGAAAGUAUGAUGAUGUCUAUAAAAUUGGCCGAGUGGUAACAAAGGAAUCAAACAAUGGAAGUCAAGUUAUCAUCGAUGGAAUUACCGGGAUAUGUUAG